AUGGGUAUCAUUAUCUCUCUCUUCUCCAUCUCCAUUUUCAUUUUCCUCCUCUUCAGAUUCCGGCCAGCCGCCGGCGACUUUUUCAGUCACUCCUCGCCGCCGACGUACCCUCUCAUCGGCUGUCUCCUCUCCUUCUACAAUAACCGGAACCGCCUGUUGGAUUGGUACACUGAGCUAUUGUCGGGAUCUGCCACCGGUACCAUCGUUGUCCGCCGCCUUGGAUGUCGGAGGACGGUGGUGACGGUGAACCCCGAUAACGUUGAGUAUAUUUUGACGACCCAUUUCGUUAAUUUCCCUAAAGGGAAGCCUUUCACUGAGAUUUUAGGUGACUUUCUUGGCUGUGGCAUUUUCAAUGUGGACGGCGAGCUAUGGCGCACGCAACGGAAGCUGGCUAGCCAUGAGUUCAGCGCCAAGUCGUUGCAGGAAUUUGUCGUCGAGACGUUGGAGUCGGAGGUCGAGAUGCGGUUGUUGCCCGCCCUCGAGACGUCUUCUAGAGAUGGAGCAGUUGUAGACUUGCAGGAUUUACUCAAAAGAUUUGCAUUCGGAGUAAUAGGUAAAGUUGUGUUAGGAAGCGAAGAAGAGACUAUUCUUGAACUCGAAAAGAGCUUUGACGAAGCGUCGAAAGUGAGCGCUGGGAGGGCGAUGGAACCGGUUUACAUGAUAUGGAAAGUGAAGAGAUGGUUCGGGGUUGGAUCUGAGUGGCGGCUGAAGACGGCGGUGGCGGAGGUUCACCGGAAAGUGAAGAACAUAAUUGAGAAAAGAAGGGAGAAGAAGAAGAUGGAGGAUCUUCAUGAGAGAAAAGAUCUGUUGUCCAGGUUAAUCUUGAUUGGGCAUGACGAUGAGAUGAUCCGAGACAUGGCCAUAAGCUUCAUCAUGGCGGGACGAGACACGACUUCGGCUGCAAUGACAUGGCUGUUUUGGCUACUCUCUCAUCAUCUGAACAUCCAGAAUCAAUUAGUCGAAGAGAUAGACUCGGAAUCAACAUUCAGAGUUGAACAAAAAUUGGACUACAAAUCUCUAAAGGAGCUGAAAUUUCUCAAGGCAUGCCUAUGUGAAACCAUGAGAAUGUAUCCGCCAGUCCCAUGGGAUUCAAAGCAUGCCAUUGCCGACGAUCACUUACCAGACGGGACUGUGGUCCAAGCCGGGGAUAGAGUGACAUAUUUCCCAUAUGGGAUGGGUAGAAUGGAAUGUUUGUGGGGGAAGGACUGGUUCGAGUUCAAGCCGAGUCGAUGGCUUCUCGAACCCGAUGGGCGUGGCUGGAGAAGAGGGGUGAAGUUGGUCAGUCCAUACAAGUUUCCAAUAUUUCAGGCAGGGCCGAGAGUGUGUUUGGGGAAGGAGAUGGCUUUCAUUCAGAUGAAAUAUGUGGUGGCGUCAAUUCUCAGCCAAUUCAGAAUCAAACCCAUUGCCGCCGACCACCCUGUGUUUGUGCCGCUGUUGACGGCGCACAUGGCCGGCGGCUUCAAAGUUUUGUGUCAAAGGAGAGAGAAAGAGGAGAGAGAGAGAGAGAGAAAGCCAAUUCAAGACAAACAAACAAAAUUCCCAAUUUAAACAAUCAGAAGAAGACUCAAGUCAACGAUUCCAACACUGAACUGACAGAUCACAGUUGAAAACAACAGUUGAUAGCAUAAAUUCAGAAACCAAAGAAGACACGACAGAAUCAGAGCAGUGCCAGGAAAAAGGUAUCGCUCAACCGAUAAAAGUUACUCUAGGAUAAUCUUCCCCUAAGAGCUCACAACACACCUCUUCAUUUCGUUUGUAA